AUACUGUUUUCUCCAGGUAUAGCUUACACCGAGCUACCCCUGUAACGCUACGUCAAUCGAAGUACCACCGUUACAAGGUCUUUUCAUCACACCUCAUAUCAUGGCACUGCUGUCAUACGCCUCUGGCGUGUUCACCAUCGCGACAUGGCCCGCAAGAAUCGCUUGGAAGCCAGUGGCAUUCUUCAUCAACGUGAUCCUCAUACUACUAUCGCCGCUCUUACUCAUGGCAACAUUUGUCCUGGGGUGGUGCCAAUCUGUCAUCGACUUCAUAGCCAGUCUCCAGGUAAGCAGACUCUCCUCCUCCCUCCCUUGGAACGCAUGUUAUUUAUGGGCAUCGCUGACUUGCACAACACAGCCCCUUUAUACCUUUUUGGCCUGCGGAGCGUGCAUCGGCAUCUUAGCUGGCCUGACCAUGGCUUGCACAUCAGGCGUCAUCACUUCUAUCCUCGGCAUGCAUGAUGAGAGGUCGAGUUUUCCCUCUGCAACGCCAAUGCCGGGGACACCAUUGUCAGAGCGGCCCGGGACUGGCAAAACAGAAGACUCGUCAUCCUACGAGACUGAUUGGCAGUUGCUAAACAAGCCGCCCCCAAAGAGACGGAGGCGAACUCCUGGACUUUGGUCGCAAACGAUUCAUGAGGAGGAUGACGAUGAUUCAGAGAUUUGACUUUGUAAUUCGGCCUUUCUUCUUAUAAACCAUUACUGCUGGGAAGAGAAGCAUUCAAUUACCGGGGAAUCACUUUUAUACCAGCCUUGCUUG